UCACACUGUCGCGAGUACCAUCGAACAGAGAGUUGGUUGCUGCUAAGCAGUUUUGUGCGUUGAACGUUAUUCAAAAACCCAACUUGUUCUUAUUGUGACAAACAACAUCGAAUUAGUGUUCAGAAAUCUGCUUAAGUAAACCCCAUGCAGCUUCAGCAUAGUGAUUGUGACUGUGUGUGUGUUGUUGGCGUGCGCGACAGUGAAUCUAACGAAAUUACACAAGUGUAAAACGCGAAAAAUUCAACGACCCAAAACAAAUAUUGAUUUUUUCAUAGAAAGAAGGCCUCGCGAGCGUUUUUAUUCUUGUUGCUGCUGUUGUUGUGCGCGCUAGUAAACUACUUAUGCAUACAUAGUAAAGAACGAACGUACAAAAAGAAAAUAGGAAAAGAGAACUUUGCAAAGAAAAUUUCGAAAUAACAGCAGUAAAUUUCCACAAAGUUGUAAUUAUUAAAUUGUGCUGCCAACAACAGCAACAAAAAACCCCGAUCCACCCCGCCGAGCCAUUUGAAUUGAGUUACUGUUGCUGUUAUUGUUGUCGUUGCUGGAAGUUCGUCCAAUAGAAGAAAAACAGAAGCACAACGAGCGUCAGCAGCACACACCCGCACACUCGAAGAAUAAAUUAAAUACAAUUUGAAAGAAAACUAAGCAGGCUAAGUAUUUGCGUGAGUGUGAGAGUGAGAGUGACAGAUAGACACACUUACUUAAAAAGCGUAUGAAAGUCGAAAGAAAGCACACAUACAUAUAGUAAGAAAAGAAGAACAAGAAAAAAACAAAAUGCCGCAAGCAGAGGGCGGCUAUGUAUCGCUGCCAGCUAUGAAUGGCAAUGGCAAUGGCAGCGCCAUCUAUCAAUCCACCACAGAACCACAGGCAGCUUCGCCCACCUCCGUGUUUGAGAGCGUUAAGCGUGCAAUUGGUCAGGCGAUCAAAUCAUCGCCCGGCGAUAGCGAAGAGCUGGUACGCAUGGAGCAGCGGCAGCCAGUCAUUGUUGGUGGUGGUGCCAGAGACCGUGACAAAACUGGUAAGACACUGAACACCAAGAUGCCAUCAGCACCAACACACACUGCCGAGGAGGCACAUCUGCUUGGCACCAUGCCCGUUGAUCCCAUGGAUGAUAUCGAACUGCGUUCGGUGCAGUUGCAAUUCCCCAAUGCACGCGGCUCCAUAUUGGAGGCAUGCGACCAGCGACGUGUGCCCACAGACAAGGGCGACAUACACGUUGCCAUACAGGGUGACACCUCAAAGCCGGCCAUAGUGACUUACCACGAUUUGGGACUCAACUAUGCCACCAGCUUUGCUGGUUUCUUCAACUAUCCAGUUAUGCGAGGACUGCUAGAAAACUUCUGUGUGUACCAUGUAACAGCACCCGGUCAGGAGGAGGGUGCACCUACAUUACCAGAGGACUAUGUGUACCCAACCAUGGAUGAGCUGGCCGCACAGUUGCUCUUUGUGCUGUCGCAUUUUGGACUCAAGUCGGUGAUUGGUUUUGGCGUUGGCGCUGGAGCCAAUAUCCUGGCACGUUUCGCCCAUGGGCAUCCGGAUAAGGUGGGCGCUCUUUGUCUGAUUAAUUGCGUGUCAACGCAAUCGGGCUGGAUUGAGUGGGGCUAUCAGAGUUUCAAUGCGCGCUUCUUGCGCACCAAGGGCAUGACACAGGGUGUCAUCGAUUACCUGAUGUGGCAUCACUUCGGCCGCAAUCCCGAGGAGCGCAAUCAUGAUCUGGUGCAGAUGUACAAGCAGCACUUUGAGCGUGGCGUCAAUCCCACUAAUCUGGCCAUGUUGAUCAAUGCGUACAUUCAUCGCAACGAUUUGCAUUUGGCACGCACACCACCUGGCACUCCAGGUGCUGAGACGGCAGCCACCACACUGAAAAUGCCAGUUAUUAACAUAACCGGUUCGUUGUCGCCUCAUGUCGAUGACACUGUGACAUUCAAUGGACGCUUGGAUCCAACAAACUCAUCGUGGAUGAAGAUCUCCGAUUGCGCCAUGGUGCUGGAGGAACAACCGGCCAAGUUGGCUGAAGCCUUUCGGCUGUUCUUGCAAGGCGAGGGCUAUGCAACGCCGCUGUCGACGCCUGCUAGCUCUCCGUGCGGUACCAAAUAUCACACAUACUCAUCGAUAUUCUUUGCCAACUUUCGGGAGGAACAACUGCAGGCUGCCCAGGAGCGCGAGCGAGACCGCCAGCGACAGUUGAGCAUGCGUGUCGGCAAUCGUCUGAGAGAGACGGCCAUCAAUUGCAGCAGCAGCAAUGGCGGCAGCGGCGACAACAAUGCAAAUGGCCCAACAAGCGAAGAGGAUCAGGAUGUAGAGAACGGCAAUGGGAAUGGCAAUCGGGCUUACGUCACUACUGAUACAUCCGGCACUCUCUACUAUGGCACACAAAGCAACAAGAUACGCAUCACUGAGAAUCCACUGCCCGAGCCGAUUAGCUCUUAGAUUGUUAAAAUUUCUACACAUUAGACACACAUACACCGUUAAACUUAGACAUACAUACAUACAUACACAUUAAUACCAAAAACAAAAUAAGAGCGAAAGAGUCGAAACACAUACAUAUACAAGAACACUGUUAUUGUUGUUAUAAACUACGUAUAAAAUACCACAAAACAAAAAAGACACAGCAUCACAAGAAGCAGCAGCAGCGCAGCAGCAGCAGCCUCAGCCGCCAACUCAAGCAAAGCUUUAGCCGCCAGCAGCGGCAGCAGCAGCAGCAGCGACAGUGUGACCAGAGCAGAUUCGAACGCUGCCUGAAAGUAGACUUUAGCCGAGCCGUGCUCUAAGAGACAAAUUAACGAAAUUUAAAAACACAAAAAACCAAAAAAAAACAAAAAAACCAAACUAAAUGAUAUAAAUAAAUAAGCAAAGAAUUGAGAUAAACGAAAACACCGCUACCUAUACGAAAUAUGAACUUAUGUUUCUUAAACAAUAUACAAAUAAAUUAAAUAAUACUUAGUACUAAUUACUUGAAAACGCCGUUC